AUUUUUGUUGCUAGUUAUCAAUCGAUUAUGGUGGAGUUAGUUGAAAUUGAAAAAGGGACGAGCAGAAAGACUGUUGCCGCUGCCAAAAAUACCGAUAAAACACAACUUUUGAAAAGAAAAAAUAAAAUAAGAAAGAAAGCAGCAAAGUAUGAUAUAGCAUUAUCUGAAUCGGAAAUGGAGAGCCUGAAAGUGGUGACUUUGAAGCCAAUCGAAGCAACUCCGUCAUCUUUCAAAGACUAUGGUCAGGUCAUCGAGCCUUCACCAGACGAUCAGAGGUUUGGUCCCCAUGAUGCUCAACUUGACCUCACUCAAGGAAUUCCCAGGUUAUAUAUUAUGCAUCUUCAAAAUUGUCCACUUAAGUUUUCUAGUAUCGCACAUCAUGCAAAUGUGACUCAGUGCCUCGGCGCCGUUGGUGGUAAUGUUUGGUAUCUUGGAGUGGCUAAGCCAUCUGUUGUUGAUUCAAAUGAAAUCAAGGAUGACUCAGGCAAGACGAUUGUGAAGUCACGCAGUGGUCAUUUUUAUGUGCCUCCUGCCAUUGAGGAUGUCCAAGUUUUCAAGGUUUCAGGUCCCAAGUUUCUUAAGCUUAGCCGUGGGACAUGGCAUGCCGGUCCUCUAUUUACAACCGACGCGAUGGACUUUUACAAUCUAGAACUCACCAAUACAAAUGCAAAUGAUUUUACCACACACAACUUUAAGAAGAACAAUGGAGUGGCUUUUUCAAUUGAGGAGUAAUUUGAGCUUUAUGUAGUUUCCAGCAUUUCAACUGAAUCUGCACAUUGUGUACAAUAAAUGACAGAAUACAUAAUUACUGGAAAUUUACUCAUGUGCUUCGUUUGAUGCUGAUGCCUAUGCCAUUAGUCAAAGAUGUGAUGUAAUGUCUUCAUGUGACAGUGUUAUGUUAACAUUUCUUUGUAAAAAGAGAGCUAAAUAUAUCACUUUUUAUUUA